AUAUGAUAACGCCACCUCUCCCAUUAAUUGUUCCUUUUCAAAGGGAUUAAUGUACGUAAUAAAUUCUGAGGAACAAAUUUCACUGACGGGUUACAGGCUGUCGCAAUCCAAAGAAUGAACAUAGUGACAAAGGUUCAGAUUUUACCGACGAGGAAUAGCCUUUGUCACAAAUAUAUUUUUUUACGACGAAACAUUACGAACGAACAAAUGAUAUUCAUCACAAAUAACCAUGGCGCCAAUUUUUCCCUCCAAAAAUUAGACUUAGUGGCAAAAAUUCAUUUUUUUUUACCGACAAGAUACAACCUUCGUCACAAAUACAUAAAAUUUUGACGAAACAUUAUUGACGAGAGUGUAACGUCAUCCCUAAAAGUAUUCUUUGCGACGAAUUUGACCUGCCCUCGCUAAAGGUUGUCACUAAUGCCUAUCUUUUCCGACGACAUGUAGGCUUUGUCACAAAAGCAAUGUUUUGAUGGAACAUUACUGACGACCAGAUUUUAUUCGUAGCAGGUAACCAUGGCGCCAAUUUUUCCCUCCAAAAAUUAGAUUUAGUGACAAAGAUUAUUGUCUUUAUCGACGACGUCUAUGCUUUGUCGCAAAUACAUAACUUGUUGACGGAAUAUAAUUGACGAAAGUGGAAUAUCGUGCCUAAAAGUCACUUUUAGCGACAAAAUUAACACAUCAUCGCUAAUUUUUGUCACUAAUGACCCGUUUUUUUGUAGUGCACAAUACAAAUUGAUUAGUCGAUUGAUUUGUCUAGUCUUGAUGCACUCGUCAGCUACUACGGAGAUAACCUUUUCAACAAUGAAACAUGUGAGAACUGAUUUGCGCAACAAAAUGAGUGAGAAUUUCUCGCUGAUUGCUCAAGUAUUUUAUUUGAAACGAUGUAUUCUAUUGGUAUGAAUGUGGAGUGCAUUAUUGAUGCAUUCGCUAAAUUAAAAUAUCGUAAUAUACAAUUGACAUUGUAAAUAAAAUUAUUUUUUUACUGUUCUAAUUUUCAAAUAAAAUGCCCCCCAGUGCUCUUUUGUGUUCUGGAUCCGCCGGUGCUUGCCAACAAUUUUUUUUUUGUUUUAUAAGAAAAGAAUAUAAUGGGAAUGAUUUCUUCUUCCAAUUAAACCAUUUUCCAAAAAGGCAACAGGUUUAAUUAAUGUUUUGACCAUGGAAAUAAUUAAUACGUUAUCUCUACAAUUAUGAGGUUUCCAUGCAUGUAUUUUACACGUAUAAUUCUAUCUGAUGCCAUUAUAAAUGUGCAGAACAAUGUGUAGUUUGGUUAUUAUUCAGAAAAGAGAAUAGAUAGACCGAAAGCAUGUCGAAAUUCGACUCUUCUUCUCUACAUAUUCUUACUCUCGUCGUCCUCGUAUCCAGCGUGAACCUAGUACUCUGCGACGCCACCAUGAACGGUGACAGAAAGGUUUAUAUCGUUUACAUGGGAGCAUUGCCUGAGCAUGACUACUCCCCAUCAUCUCACCAUCUUUCUCUGCUCCAGGAGGUUGUCGACGACAGCCGAGAAUCCGAAGCAUUAAUCAGGAGUUACAAAAGAAGCUUCAAUGGAUUUGCAGCCUAUCUUACCGACGAAGAGGCGAAAAAGCUUUCCAGCAGGGACGACGUCGUCUCUGUUUUCCCGAGCAGGGAGCUGGAGCUUCAUACAACGAGAUCAUGGGAUUUCAUGGGUUUCUAUCAGCCCACAUCAGUAACCAACCUUCCUGCAGCUGGUGACGUCAUAAUUGGGGUUAUAGACAGUGGGAUUUGGCCGGAAUUGCCAAGUUUCGACGACAGGGGUUACGGUCCUCCUCCGGCGAAAUGGAAGGGUGUUUGCAACGGUGGAACAAACUUCACCUGCAACAAUAAGAUAAUCGGAGCACGGCAUUACUCGGGGACCGGUUCAGCGAGGGAUCUGCAAGGCCACGGCAGCCACACGGCAUCAACGGCGGCAGGGAGCGUGGUAAAGGACGCCAGCUUUUACGGCGUGGCAAGAGGGAUCGCCAGAGGCGGAGUUCCUUGGGCUCGAAUCGCAAUUUAUUCGGUGUGCGGCCUCACUUGUUCGUCGGCGGAUGUUCUGGCCGCCUUCGACGAUGCCAUCGCUGACGGGGUCGACGUCAUAACCAUCUCGAUUGGGAGGAGGUCCGCUGUUGACCUCGAUAAAGACACCAUCGCCAUUGGCGGAUUCCAUGCGACCAAGAGAGGGAUCUUGACGGUCCAUUCGGCCGGAAACGGCGGGCCGGAUCCUGCCACCACGGCGAGCGUGGCUCCGUGGUUGCUCUCUGUUGCUGCCAGCACCAUCGACCGGAAGUUCGAGUCCAAAGUUGUUCUCGGCAACGGAAAGAUUUUGACGGGGAGUUCGAUAAAUGGAUUCACGGAGAAUGGGGAGGAACUUCCGUUGUUGUUGUACUCAAUCAAUGGAAAAAUUGGAUGCACUACAAUCUGCCAACCGGGAUGCUGUGACAGUAGAUUGGUGAAAGGCAAGAUCUUGAUUUGCGACUCCAUCAACGGGCAGUUUUUGGCUCUUCAAGCUGGCGCUAAGGGAGUCGUCUUCCCUUACGCAGAGCUCGACACCGCCUCCGUCGUCUCGUUGCCGGCAGCUGGGAUGGAUCCCAAGAGAUUCGAUGCCAUCGCCUCCUAUCAGAACUCUACCAAGAAUCCCGUGGCAAAGAUACUGAAAAGUGACACCGUGACGGAUCCCGGAGCUCCGGCGGUUGCUUUCUUCUCUUCCAGAGGCCCGAAUGUCAUUGCGUACGCCAUUCUCAAGCCGGAUGUGAGUGCUCCUGGAGUUGAUAUAUUGGCAGGGUGGUCUCCAGUAGCAUCUCUCUCCGAUGAUCCGAACGACAAAAGACAGUACCAUUUCAAUGUAUUAUCGGGCACUUCUAUGGCUUGCCCGCAUGUUGCUGCCAUAGCUGCUUAUCUCAAAUCUCUGCACCCCAAUUGGUCCCCUUCCGCAAUCAAAUCCGCCAUCAUCACCACCGCGACUCCCAUGCGUCCUCAGAAUGUGUCGGACCCAAUUCUGGCACUCGCGUCGGCGGAAUUCGCAUACGGAUCAGGGCAACUGAGUCCAGUGAACGCCACAGACCCAGGACUUGUGUACGAAACGACGGCGGAGGACGACCUGAAGUUGCUCUGCCAUUUGGGGUACGGUACCAGCAGAGUCAGAGUAGUCACUGGAGAUAAGAACAUUAGCUGCCCCGCUAGAACUAGCCCAACUGCGAUAAAGGAUUUCAAUUAUCCUUCUAUCGUCAUUCCCGUCCCGCCUAAAAGCGAUUCCUUUGAAACUGGGUUGCUCAGAACGGUGACGAAUGUGGGAUCGGCGGCUAAUGCAACGUACAAAGCCGAAGUUGUGGUGACGACGGAGAGCGCGAGGGAACUGAAGAUCGAAGUGAAGCCGGAUGUCUUGUGUUUUGAUUAUCUAGGUGAGAAGAAAUCGUUUAACGUUACUGUUUGUGGUGGUAAUUUUUCGGCGGAUCCAUUUGUUGCGUCGGCUGCAUUGAUUUGGAGCGAUGGGACUCGUAGUGUUCGUAGUCCGAUUGUUGUUUACACUCUGCCACCUAUGUGACUUUUUUCAUUGCUUAUUGAUGAAUAAUUAAGGGGUGUAAGAGCAGCUGCAUCGGGUGUUGGAUGUACGGGUAUGGGUAUUACCCAUAGGUACCCAAAACCCACGGGUAUGGGGAUGGGUUUGCAAAACAUUCCUCCCCAUGGGUAUGGGACGGGUGAGUUUGGGUAUUUGAAGAUGGGGAUGGGGAUGGUUUAAGCAAACCCGCCUCCAUUGCCAAUCCCUAUGGAAGACAAAAUGAAAUUGCAAGUGGUUCCCGUUAGCAUGUUUUCUCUUCCCUUUUUUUUUAAUUUUUUUUUAUUUUGGUGUUCUUUUAUUUGUUAAAAUAAUGCGGCUUAAAUGUU